CGUCACGAUGGGCCUCUUCUUCCACAUGCUGGUCGGAUAUUGUUUCUAGCAGCCUUGGAUUCGCUCACGCCCCUUCUUGUGCUGGGUGUCACAGUUGAUCGCGGGCAUCGACGCACGAGUACGAUUAGUAGCGAAGUGCAUUUCUGGUUUCGGCCUACUCCUGAUGACCAGCAUCCCGUCGGUGAUGAUGAAGAUGAUUCUCAAUUCGGUCCAGGUGGCGAUGGUGGUCCUCGUAGGCGUGGUCCUCACCGUCGUGGGCGUUCAGAGGUUCGUAAAGAUGUUCAGGGACGCGACCCGUGGCAUGCACAUGGUGGCUCUGAUCCCUGGUCUGGUGGGCAGCAUCGUAGUCCCAAAGCUCCUCGACAUUGUCCUAGUGGUGCCGUAUGUGCAGAUCUCCCUGGGCGUGCAGAUCUACUUGCUGAGCAUGGGAGAGCGGUUCAUCCAGAUGAGGUUGGUCAUGGUGAUCUCCUUCCUGAGCCUGGUCAUGCAGAUCCAAUUCCUGAGCAUAUGUGGCGUUUUCUGCCUGCGAGUGGUAUGGACCUUUCCCGUGAGCAUGGUGAUGAUCUUCGUCGCGUCCCACGUGUGGACCUCCUCUCCAGUCUUCCUGAAGGUCGUGCCGUCGUUCUUGAGGAACCUGCCCGUGCAGCUCCUCUACCUGAGCCUGGUGGUGACGCUCCCCGUCGUGACACUGGUGGUGCAGUUCUUCUUCCUGGGCCUGGUCGUGCUGAUCGUGGGAGUGCAGAUCUACGUUCUGAGCAGGGUCGUGCGGGUCCUCCUGUUGGUCGACCUCAUGAUCGUGAUGCUGUCGCUAUACACGCUGGUGGGAAUAGUCGAGGUGCUCUACUUGACCAUGGUCCCCCUCUCUGGGCCUGGCCCGUGGGAGCCGUUGCUACGUGGCUGCCACUCUACGACGUGCAGGCGCUUCUUCGACGUCCUGGUUUUCUGCCUCCUGAGGGUGACUCUGUCUUUGAAGCUGGGCCUUCAGCUUCGUCCUUUCCAUCUGUGCCGACGUUCCCCGCUCUAUCUGAAGUGGCGGCUGGCGCAAGAGUUGUCGAGGCGACUGCUGGUGCGCAGGCCGUGGUACGCAGAGAUGAAGCGGGAGAGCUUCGUCGACGCGGCGGCCGUCGGGAUCCUCGGCACGCCGCUGGCGCUUGCCAACUCCGGGCCAGACGCCGCGGCUGGGCUGCUCCUCGGGGCCGCGGCCGGAGCGGUCUACCACCUGCUCCUGCAGUGGGACGUGGACGCCCUGGCGCCGGGCCGCACGCCGUUCGACGUGCUCAACCCCCUCCGGGUGGCCCGCUUCCUGCUCCCGGUCCUCCUGGCCGCCGCGCUCUGCCUGCAGGCGGCCAUCAGCGUCGGCCCGGACGCCUGGCUGGCGGGAUUGCGGUGGGAGCCAGGAGCGAAUUUCGUCGGCUUCUUGCAGGCCAAGGCCCUGAGCGCCGCACUGCUGGGGUACGUGGCCGCCACUUCGUCCCUGCAGCUGAGGGGCGUCGCCCGGGCGGUGCCAGAGGCGCGGACGCUGGUCAAGGCCCUGCCCGGCUCGGUCGGGGUCGCACUCAAGGAAGAGUACGACGGCAAGCGCGAGCGCAGGAAGGCGUCCAGCGGCCCACCCGUCAGGGAGGUUCCCGUGCUGCUGGUGAGCGGCCCCCGGGGCUGCGGGAAGUCCACGCUGGUGAGGCAGCUGGCGGAAGGACCGAGAUGCGCGUUUCAUGGAGCCCGACUGGGUCACGACCGCCCCCGGCCUGGGCGGCGGGGCCACGGGCGACAGGCGGAUACGCCAGGUCGUGGGCGAGGAGCGAUUUCGACGCGCUCGAGGAGUCUGGCAGCCUGGCUGUGA